AGUAGCGCGCAAAGCGCCCGUAACGGACAGUGAGAAUCGGCAAAAAUUUGUCCGCACAGUAGUAGGUAUUAAUCGUUGCCCAUUCUCUGCUAAAAGGUGUGAUGUUCGAUAUCUGGCUGUGCGAAGCCGGCAGGUGUGUCGUCCAACACGCUCUGACACCCCAAACCAAGAUGGUUCGUACACCCGGCAGCCGAAAUGCACAGCGGCUUGCGGCAGUUGCUCAGACGGGCUGUGCGGCGGAAGGACAACGAGGAGUCGAUAUCGUAUCGGUGGCACAGUGACGAAAACCCACGUUCGAUCGGUAUAAGUUUCUCCUUUGUCGAUACUUUAAUAAUUACGGAACUCGUGGCAUAUUUAACAUCGGGUCUCGCAGUACCACAAACAUUUGCGGCAAUUGGUUCAUCACUGUGCCUACUGCUCUCGAGUCUUUGCAGUCAGUGGCAUCAGCGACAUGGUUCCAGCACGUGUGGUGCUAUACUUCCUGUCAUUCUCUGGUUUCCUGGUGAGCUUCAUGAUGCGCACUGACAUCAACAUCGCCAUUGUGGCCAUGGUGCGCAUCCCACCACCUACCACCAAUGCCAGCAAUGCAGAUGCCCUCUACUGCUAUGAUCCAGCUGCCACAUCCGAGGUCACUGCCAAUGACUCACUCUCUACUGCUGCAGAGUCACCUCCGGAUGAAGGUGAGUUUGACUGGGAUCUGCGAACACAGUCAGCAAUCUUAGGAUCAUUCUACUGGUGCUACAUCCUCUCACAAGUGGUGGGUGGUGUGCUGACACAACACUUUGGCACAAAGACGGUAUUUGGAAUGUCACAGCUUACAACUGCUGUCUGCUCACUGCUCAUACCGGCAGCUGCAUCUGUACACUACUCGCUGAUAAUUGUGCUGAGAUCUAUACAGGGCAUUGCAUCGGGGCUAACAUGGCCAGCUAUGUAUGCCAUUGUAGGCCACUGGAUACCUGCUGUUGAGAGGAGUCGCUUCAUGUCUUCUUUCCAAGGGUUCAGCUUUGGCAUUGGAUUAACAUAUCCCUUAUGCGGAUUCAUCAUUGCCCACUUUGGAUGGAGAGCAGUGUUUUACACAACUGGAAGUAUUGGGGCUCUGUGGUGUAUACUCUGGUGGCUGCUUGCUUUUGAUACUCCAGCAAAGCAUCCACGCAUUACUUCCGCAGAAAAACGUUACAUAGAGUCCAAUGUUGGAAAUACAGUUGUAGGUGACAAGGGCUUACCAGUACCAUGGAAAGCAAUUUUUACAUCGUUGCCAGCAUGGUCUAUAGGAAUUACAACAUUCGGACGCAUAUGGGUUCAUUACACAUUCAUUAUUCCAGGACCACUCUAUAUGAAGACUGUUUUAGGUUUCAGCAUACAAAAGAAUGGUUUGCUCUCUGGCGCACCCUUCCUCUGCAGUUAUGUCUCGUCAGUAUUUUUCUGUUAUUUUGCUGAUGUUUUGGUUACUCGGAAGAUUCUUUCUUUGACAAAUGUUCGGAAGCUUUUCACUGCCAUGUCUCAGAUAAUUCCAGGACUACUUGUCCUUGCAAUUGGAUACUUAGGCUGUGAGAUAGUGUUGGUACUGAUUGCUUGGUUUCUUGCAGUUACCCUUAUUACAGCAUCUUAUGCUGGUGCAAUGGCUAAUGUGGUAGAUAUUGCACCAAAUCUUGCUGGACCAAUCCUAGCAUUUGCACAAACAAUUCACAUGACAGCCAGUUUUCUAUCGCCACUGGUUGCAGGUGCACUACUGCAAGAAAGUUCAACUUUGGAGAACUGGCGUCAUGUGUUUUGGGUGUCUGCAGUAGUGUCAUGCACGACAUACAUCAUGUUCCAGAUAUUUGGAACAGCUGAAAUACAGGCUUGGAACUAUCCUGAUCAGAAAUAUCCACUGACCCCUUCAGCAGAGGGCAGUGAUCAACUACUACCUUUAUCAAAAAAAGAAGAUUUGCAACAAAGGAGGAAUCAUGAUGCUGCUGAAGGCUGAUCAUCAGGGUCUACAUUUUUUUAUUGACCACAUGUGCUUUCUAUUUCUGUCUGACUGGCAGACAACAAACAAUUUAACUAACUUCCAAAAACUUAUACUGUUGCUCAUCUUUUGUCUGUGCUCGAGAUGCAUCAACAUUAUGGUUCCCAAGUUCCUCUUUGUUUUUCUUUGUGGAAAUAGUGAAUUAUGUUGGUGUAAGUCAGUAAUUUUGUAUUUCACAAAAACUCUUUGGCUUAACAUUUCUACAUAGUUCUUAUAGGUUUAUGUGCAUACAUUACACAUGAUGUGUUCUGGUCAUUAUGCCAUGGUACUUGCUUGAUAAAACAGAAAGCUAUUAAGAUAUCUGAGAGUUUGGAUAUAAGGAUUGGCUUGUAUUUCAUAUUUUUUAAUAAUGGAGAUUGGAAACAGCAUGCAAGUCUUUGUGGGCAGAUGAAAAUGGAUAUGGGACAGUAAGAUAUAUAAAAAUAUUAUGUUAAUUUAUUCUCCUAAUUGUCAUAAUUGCUACCUAAAUAUGGAGCUCGUGUGCGUUCAUAUGUGUAUGUGUGUGUGUGUGUGUGUGAGAGAGAGAGAGAGAGAGAGAGAGAGAGGGGGGGGGGGGGGGGAGAGAGAGAGAGAGAGAGAGAGAGAGAGAGAGAGAGAGAGAGAGAGAUCUGGCCAAUGGUCCUUUUUUACUGAUGCUGUUCACUUUGCAUUUCUUAAAGAAUUUUGAAACCAUGUUGAGUUUUUAUUAUUUUGUUUUCUAAUUAACUGUGGUGGUUAUCUUGAAAACUUUGUUGCUUCAUUAAGCAAAAUAAAUAAAAGAACUUCCAGAAGUAGUGAUGAUAAGUGCAGGAUGCAAUCAAAGAGAUUCACUAUUUUUGUGUCAGUAUAUUUGUGUAAUAGUAGUUUCUUUAUAGCAAAACCAGCUAACAGAAUGCUUCAAGCAUGGUUGGUUAUUUUAAAGGUGGAGUAGUAUUGUACUGUAAGCACUAUAUUCCUUUCAAAGAAGUAGCUAGACUAUUAAACUUUUGUAUGCCCCAUCACAAUACUGUAUCAUGAAAAUUGUCAUUCCAGAUUACUGAGAAGUAUUAUUUUCAUUUGUGUCAGUGACAGAGUCUGAACAAACUGUAUGCAGUAUGUACUUACAACUAAUGAAAAGUGCCUAGAACUUAUGUGAUGAGAAAAAUAAGAUAAUAUUAUAAAGGAACUUUUGUGAUUGUUGUGUAGUUGCUGUCCAAGAUAAUCGUAAGUAAAUGAUAUCAUGUCAUUUUGAGUUGUGAGCUAAUGUAAAUUUAAAUAAUGUAAUAAUGGGACUAUAGUAGAAGUACUUAAACACUGCAAGUUGAGUAUGCAUUAAGCAUGCAUAAAAAAUGGUGCUAUUGUAGAAUACAUUGAACACUCCAUAUUGAUAUAUAAAAUAAAUUUGUAUAUAAUAAAUAUAAAUGUGAACAAUUAAA